GGGGCCGGACCCCGGGCUCCCAGCAGCCCCUGCGCGGUCUCCGUGGCGACCGCGUCCAACAACCACGCCGGAGGCAAGGAGCUUUAAACUGAGGCAUGGCCGGGCCGGGCGUCGUUGGUCAGGGACCGGGAAAGGAGUCUUAGAGCUGCUUUGCGACAUAAUCUGUGGAUUUUAUAUAUUUCUGGCAUCAAUCAACACUUCCCAUUUGACUCUUUGACCAUCAGCUGGGAGGCCGGACUGUUUCUGUGAAUGAACAAGCCGAUUUUAACUUGCUUGGAGCGAUGCUGAAAUUCCGAGAGACUGCUAAGUGUGUGAGUGGAUCCACAGCCAUUUCCAAGUACCCAAAUACCUUGAUUUCAAGAAGAUAUGUUCUGCAACAGAAACUUGGCAGUGGAAGUUUUGGAACUGUCUAUCUAGUGUCAGACAAGAAAGCCAAACAGGGAGAAGAACUAAAGGUACUCAAGGAAAUCUCUGUUGGAGAAUUAAAACCGAAUGAAACUGUUCAGGCCAUCGUGGAAGCCCAGCUCCUUUCCAAGCUAAAUCAUCCAGCCAUUGUCAAGUUCUAUGCAAGUUUCAUGGAGCAGGAUAAUUUUUGCAUUAUCACAGAAUACUGUGAGGGCCGAGAUCUGGACUAUAAAAUUCAGGAAUAUAAAGAAGCUGGGAAUAUCUUUCCUGAAAAUCAGAUAGUAGAAUGGUUUAUCCAGUUGUUGCUUGGAGUUGAUUAUAUGCAUGAGAGGAGGAUACUACAUCGAGACUUGAAAUCAAAGAAUAUAUUUCUGAAAAACAAUCAACUGAAAAUUGGGGAUUUUGGAGUCUCUCGGCUCCUAAUGGGAUCGUGUGAGCUGGCUACAACUUUAACUGGGACCCCCCAUUAUAUGAGUCCUGAGGCCCUGAAGCACCAAGGCUAUGAUGCCAAGUCUGACAUCUGGUCACUGGCAUGCAUUUUAUAUGAGAUGUGUUGUAUGGAUCAUGCAUUUUCUGGUUCCAGUUUCUUAUCUGUGGUUUUAAAUAUUGUUGAAGGCGACACCCCUUCACUCCCCGAGAGAGUCCCACGAGAACUAAACGCCAUCAUGCAACGCAUGUUGAACAAAAGUCCUUCACUGAGGCCAUCUGCUGCAGAAGUUUUAAAAGUCCCUUACAUUGAUGAGCAGCUUCAGCACCUGAUGUGCAUAUAUUCAGAAGUGACGCUGGAAGACAAGAACUCGGUUUGUCAGAAGGAUGAUGUUCAGAUAAUUAAUGCCAUGCAGAAAAAGAUUCACCUGCAGUCGCUCCAAGCCGUGUCUCAAGUGCAGAAAAUGACUCCGAGAGAAAGAAUGCGGCUGAGGAAGCUUCGGGCAACUGAUGAGGAAGCCAGGAAGCUGAAAAAGAUUGUGGAAGAAAGAUAUAAAGAAAAUAACAAACAGAUGCAAGAAACCAGAUUCCAGAACUUUGAACUUCUGAGUGUCGAUAUCCCUCAUGAAUUAGAUGAAAGAACUUCGGAGAACCUACCUGAACCUCAGUGCCUUCCUUCCCUGGGCCUCGAUGAAGUUGAGACAAAUUUAGAGGACACCAUAUUUGGCCUUGGACAUUAUGGGAUCCCAGAAGACCCACUUGUUGCUGAAGAGUAUUAUGCUGAUGUAUUUGAUUCCUGUUCGGAGGAGAGUGAGGAGCUGGAGGAAGAAACAGUGUUCUUGGAGGCAGAGGGAGAAAUGAGGGACAAGGGAACUCCACCUGCUUAUAGAGCAAACCAACAGGACAGUGAUAUUGAAGCCCUGGUUGGGUGUUUGGAAAAUGUCCUGGAUUGCACCUCUCUAGACACAAGGACCAUUACCAGUGUGGCUGCAGACAUGUCCCACGGACCAUCAGUUUUCAACAUCGCAGUGGCCAGGACCAAGAUGAAACACAUGAAGGAAUCAGCCAUGCAAAAGCUCGGAACGGAAGUGUUUGAGGAGGUCUACGAUUACCUCAGGAGAGCAAGGCAUCAGAAGGCCUGUGAAGCAGAGGUCCGGGAGCACCUGGAGACGGUGGUUCCUCGGGCCAGUGACUGCUUUGAAGUUGACCAGCUCCUCUACUUUGAGGAACAGCUGCUGACCACAGAGGGAAAAGAGUCCACUCUCCAGAACCUUCGCUGUGAUGCUGCCCACAAGAAGCACAUACAUUUCUGUGACAAUCCAUGAGCUUUACACUCUGGACUGCACUGUGGGAAACAAGUGCACAGCUGGAGCUUCCAUCUUUACCUCCAGCUCCUGGUCAGAAGUUAGGAUGUUUAUGGAGAUAUCUAUGUCUGUGUCUGUGCACUCAGCUGGCUGAUGGUGCCUGAAGACACAGGUCCAGGUCAUAGAUGAAGUCUGGCAUCCUGAAAGGCUUGCCUCCCUGCCUUCAGCCCUCCCUCUGGGUAUCCAGAGGAGGAAAAGCACUCUGACGACACAGGAGCUCUGGACUGUGUCCAUUCAGGGCAUGCUCUAUGCCCAACCACCACGAUCUCCAGAAACUAUGGCCAACCUGCUUGUGAUGGACACAGGACACCGACCUGGACAUUGACCUGCUAAUCUCCAGUGAUGGAUUUUUGAUCAACAUAUUUUUUUUCUUUCUAUCACUGACAUGCAAGCAGUAUAUAAAUAAUGGCUUGGAAUGAAAAUCCCAGA